CGGUCAAGGACGCUUACACAACAUCACAUCAGAAGAAAACAUAAUUAUUGUAUAAUUUAAGAGCGAUAACACCCUUGAUACUGACAUGGUGAAGAAUAAGAAAAGAGAGUUUGUCAGUGCAUCAAAAGAAGAGCUGAUGGUACUGACUGUGUCGGAAAUUGUCAGUGAACUUAUCAAGGCCCAUGAGCAUAACAAAGACAUAAAUCUGAACAGAGUAAAGACCCGGAUCGCCAGCAAGUAUGGCCUUCCAAGUCAACCAAGACUGGUGGAUAUCAUCGCAGCAGUUCCACAGCAGUACAAAAAGAUGUUGUUACCAAAACUGAAGGCUAAACCAGUAAGGACAGCGAGUGGGAUAGCAGUGGUUGCUGUGAUGUGCAAGCCCCAUAGAUGUCCCCAUAUAGCCAUGACAGGCAAUAUUUGUGUGUACUGCCCAGGAGGUCCUGACUCAGACUUUGAGUACUCCACCCAGUCUUAUACAGGAUAUGAGCCAACAUCCAUGAGAGCAAUCCGAGCCAGAUAUAACCCAUAUCUACAGACAAGACACAGAGUAGACCAGCUGAAGCAGCUUGGCCAUAGUGUGGAUAAGGUUGAGUUCAUUGUGAUGGGUGGGACGUUUAUGAGUCUGGCUGAUGAAUACAGGGACUACUUUAUACGCAACCUGCAUGAUGCGUUAUCAGGCCAUACAAGCAGCUCUGUGGACGAAGCAGUCAAAUACUCUGAAAGAAGCAAGACUAAGUGUAUUGGUAUCACCAUAGAGACAAGACCGGACUACUGCCUCAGGAAACACACCAGUGACAUGCUGAAGUAUGGGUGCACACGUUUGGAGAUUGGCGUACAGAGUGUCUAUGAGGAUGUCGCCCGGGACACCAACCGUGGACACACAGUCCGGGCCGUCUGUGAGUCCUUCCAGAUGUCAAAGGAUGCGGGCUUCAAGGUCGUCGCCCACAUGAUGCCAGACCUGCCCAAUGUGGGCCUCGAGAGAGAUAUUGAACAGUUUAUUGAGUUUUUUGAGAACCCAGCGUUUCGAGCUGAUGGACUGAAGAUCUACCCAACCCUGGUAAUCAGAGGCACAGGUCUAUAUGAGUUGUGGAAGACUGGCCGAUACAAGAGCUACCCUCCUUCCACCUUGAUUGACCUCAUAGCCAGAAUUCUUGCCCUGGUGCCCCCCUGGACCAGGGUUUACAGGGUACAGAGAGACAUUCCAAUGCCGCUGGUGAGUUCUGGUGUGGAGCACGGUAACCUCCGAGAGCUGGCGCUGGCUCGCAUGAAGGACCUGGGAACACAGUGUAGGGACGUGCGUACACGCGAGGUCGGCAUUCAGGAAAUACAUAAUAAAGUCAAGCCGUAUGAGGCUGAGCUUAUCCGAAGAGACUACACAGCCAAUGGGGGCUGGGAAACAUUCUUGUCCUAUGAGGAUCCAGAACAGGACAUCUUGAUAGGUCUGCUGAGACUGCGUAAGUGUUCAGAGGACACAUUCAGGCCAGAGCUGAAGGGGGGCGUGUCCAUUGUUCGGGAACUGCAUGUGUAUGGCAGUGUGGUGCCAGUACAUUCUCGAGAUCCCACCAAAUUUCAGCAUCAGGGCUUUGGAAUGUUGUUGAUGGAGGAAGCAGAGAGGAUAGCGAGAGACGAACAUGGCUCACAUAAAAUAGCUGUCAUAUCAGGUGUUGGAACCAGGAACUACUACAGAAAGAUCGGAUAUGAACUGGAUGGGCCGUACAUGUCCAAGUCACUCUGAUAUGUGCAAUAGUUUCAUGAGUGCUGGUUAAAUUUUUUAGAAGGGAAGAUGGAAAAAGUCCACCACCGGACAGAUCCCACCCUGCCCUAAAAAGAAGAAGUUGAAAUAUUGAUAUAACCAUGGUGGCAUAGUGGUGCGAUUCAUCUUCGGCAUCAUGCAAAAACCUACCGUGGAACCUGUUAAAAAUAACAACUUGAACAUCGCUAUACUUCACAAUAAAAUGUGUUUCAAGCAAAAUCUGUUACAGCACAUUACAUGUGACUAUGGCUGAAAUUAAGCACCCAAAAUAAUGGUACAAAGCAAAAUAUGUAUUGGAUAUGGACAGGACAAAAUCCUACCACCAAUUUUCGCAAAAUAAUACCCGAAGGACUGCAUAAAAUGUGUAAUAAACUGUCUUGUCUAUUAAAGCUGAAAUAUU